AUGGCCCACCUCAGACUCAGUGAUAUUUCUAAGCGAUUAACAAACGAAGAGUUAGAUAACAUUUUUAAACUGAAAACUAAUAGUCAAGACAGUGUUGUUAAUUAUCAAGUCAUGCGUGUGGGACCUGCAGGAGAGGGUUUGCUUAGUGCAGUUUAUAGAAUCAAUGUUAAAGGUGAAAAAUAUGAUACAAGUUUCGUCGCCAAGGGACUCCUCCACGAUUUGAUGCUGAGAAAAACUUUGAGUUGUGAAAUUUUUUUCCAAAGAGAGGUGGUAUUUUUCACCAAAAUUUUACCAAUACUGAUGGAUUUACAAACCUCGCUAAAUGCGAAAGAAUGCCUUCAAAACUAUAUUCCGCUUUGUUAUCACUCCUAUUGCUACGGCUGUAAUGAUUUUUUAGUCAUGGAAGAUAUGUCUGAAAGUGGAUAUACAUCAUUGCCACACGCACCAACAGAUUUUGAGAAAGAAGGGACAUUAAAGGUGUUGGCUCAUCUACAGGCGGUAUCAAUGGCCUUACGCAUAAAAAAUCCAGAACUAUUUUAUAAACUAGCUAAUGAAUUACCUGAAUGUUAUUAUAUUGAUAGAAGAAAGACUUGGUAUGGGAAGUGGCUUCAAAGGGCCAUAGAUAUCGACAAGGCUGUGGUAGCCGAGUUUAAAAAUAAAAUUGGCAACGUGUAUUAUGAAAAGUUUAUGCAAUUAAUCAAUGAUGAUGUUUAUGAACAAUUACAAAAUAUUUCUAGUACUUGGGGUGACAAUACAGUGUUAAAUCACGGAGAUUGUUGGUAUGCAAACUUUAUGAGUUCAAAGAAAGGCGUAGUAGCUCUCGAUUUCCAGUUAUAUAGAUUUGGGUCUCCAGCUAUAGAUCUAACAUUCUUUAUAAUGACAUGUGCUAAUGUGAGCCCACUUGCUGAUGAUUAUAAAAAUACUUUAAAUGUGUAUUAUUCAUAUCUGCGGUAUUUUAUGGAGGACAUGAAUAUGAACAUAGACAAUGUAUUUCCUAGACAUGCUCUGGACUCCGAAAUGCAUAAAUAUGGAAAGUUUGGUUUUUUAGUCGCUUUAACAUCAAUACCAUUAAUAAUAAGUGAAAGGUGUGAUGUUAUGCAAUCCUUUGGGGAAAAAUUUAAUGACCAUGACAUUAUCCCGCUAGAAGAACUUUGGGUACUGACACCUUUUAAAACAGACGAAGAAAAAAUGCGAUUAAUAAAUGCAUUGCGACUAUCUGUAGAUGUAGGUUUAAUAUAA